UGGUAACAGCACCGGAAUAUGAAACCACUGCAUGCAAUCAAAGAAGAAGAAGAAGAAGAAGGUUGGCACUUUCCAACUGUAAAAAGCUCUCAGAUUCCUACCACACAAACCGUGGACAUCCUCUAGGGUGGGUGGUGGCCAAUCAUCGUCACUAGGGCUGGGGACCCUGCCACAGUCCUACUCAGUACAGUACACUGCAAAAGAUUUGGUUAUCCAUGUCACUCUUAAGUGAUCUCGGUCAACAGUAACAGAAGGAAUCAGAGACUCUCAAUGGUGCACUUUCAAGUCUCAUCAUCACUCACAGUGGUGACAGCACUGCACCCACACAUUGGUUAUUAGAGGCAGCCAGCACACUCAAACAGUGCAGGUGGAUGAGAUCAAGGGAAAGAAUGACUUGAGGGGGGGGGAGGGGCUCUUCAUUAUUAUUGCAGGAUAAGGAGAGGAGGAUGCCAAGAGGGGGAAAAAGAACCCAAAAAAAAGGGUGUUGAGGUUAGGAAAUAUGAGGUGAAGAGUCUCACAUGUAUCCUUCUCUUGCUGGAUUUGUGGCCCCAUUGGAUUCUGAACUAUCUUCCCCCACAGCAGUCAUAUAAAUGCAAAUGCCCCCAACAGAAAGAGUGUCGUAAGAUCUAUCCUCAUAUCUCUUUCACUGACAAAGCUGUUUGCUUCUUGUCUUCCUUCUCCUGAUCCAUGUUUUACUGUGGACCUCUUUUAAUUCCCUAUUCUCAUUGUUUGUAGGAGGCACAGAAUUUAGUGUUCUCCUUUAAUCAUACCUCACAGCCACCUGAUUGCAUCUCGUUCCCUACUUAAUAACCUUAAUUUUGUGCCACUUCUUUUUCUCACUUCUCUCCAGUUAUCCAGGUCAUUUCUGUCUAGAUAUAUACAAACUAUCCUCUACCAUAGUUCCCAGUUCAAGGUUGCGCCUUCUUUCUUGUGAGAGCUAUCUUCAUAAGAACCUGCAGUAGAAUGCCUAUGAGGAAGAAAGGCUGAUGAGAUGUUCUGCUCUGAUGGAUGUUUUCUUAUUGCUAUUCCAACUGCCAACCCAGCUUGGUGAAGUAUAUUGAGUCUCUUCUUCUCCGCUUGUUGCUUCCUUGACCCAAUGAGAAUAUAGAAGUCAUCAUUUCAGUUGAUUAGUUCUUCCUCUCCAUGGAGUUGGCUCUGUUCUGCACCAAGGUCAAUAUCCUUAUCCUCGUUCUGGCUCUCUGUUCUCCAUGCAAGUUCAUCCAGAGUCCCAUGGACUUUGGCUCCUCGGACUUCCUCCACACCAGAAACACAGCAGCAUCCUUGGACUUCGGGAGACUCGUCUUCAACUCUCCCUCUGCAGUCCUGAAGCCCCGAUCCCCCAAGGACAUCUCACUCCUCCUCACCUUCCUCUCUGCUUCCUCCUUCGGCGAAGUCACAGUUGCAGCGAGAGGAGCUGGACACUCCAUCCAUGGCCAAGCCCAAGCUCUUGAUGGAAUCGUCAUCGAGAUGGAUUCUAUCCCCUCUGACAUAUACAUCCACAAAAAGGGAGAUGAUGAAGCCGGCUUCUCUCAUGCCGAUAUCAGUGGUGGUGCUCUCUGGAUCGAGCUUUUAGAGGAGAGCUUGAAGGUUGGGCUGGCUCCAAGGUCUUGGACCGAUUACCUUUAUCUCAGCAUUGGUGGGACUCUCUCCCAUGGUGGUGUCAGUGGCCAAACCUUCAAAUAUGGACCUCAGAUCAGCAAUGUCCUUCAACUAGAUGUGGUAACAGGCAAGGGAGAACUGAUGACAUGCUCACCCACCAAAAACUCGGAGCUUUUCUAUGCAGUUCUUGGCGGGUUAGGCCAGUUUGGCAUCAUAACAAGAGCAAGGAUCCUUCUCCAAGAUGCUCCACAGAAAGUGAGAUGGGCCAGAGCCUUUUACGAUGACUUCGACACCUUCACCAGAGACCAAGAGUUGCUGCUCUCCAUGCCGGACUUGGUGGACUAUCUCGAGGGGUUCAUAGUUCCAAACCAGCUGUCCCUCCUCGGCACCUCCAUUGCCUUCCCGGCUCACCUGGGCUUCGUGCCCGAGUUCCAUAAGGUCUACUACUGCAUCGAGUUUGCUGUCCAUGACUUCCAAGCGAAAGGCACCAACGCAGAACAAGUUGUGGAGAAGAUAACGAAGCGGAUGAGCCACAUCCCAUCCCUCAUGUACAGUGUGGAGGUGUCCUACUUCGAUUUCCUCAACAGGGUGAGGAUAGAGGAGAUGAGCCUGAGGAGUAGAGGACUCUGGGAAGUUCCCCACCCUUGGCUCAAUAUGUUUGUGCCCAGGUCUGGGAUCAAGGACUUCAAAGACCUGUUGCUGGAGAACAUCUCACCGGAAGAAUUCGAGGGCCCUAUCCUCGUCUACCCACUUUUAAGAGACAAGUGGGACGCCAACACAUCAGCUGUGCUGCCCGAUGCGCCGGCCGAGCAGGUGGUGUACAUUGUGGGGGUGCUGCGGUCCGCCACUCCAGCCAGUUGCCCCGCCCGGUGCCUCGACGACAUCCUCCGCCGCAACCGCCGCAUAGUAGAGGCGGCCUCCGCCCCGCGAAUCGGCGCAAAGCAGUACCUCCCACGCCACCCGUCCCCGCUCCAUUGGCGUGAUCACUUCGGGCGACGGUGGAACCGGUUCGCGGCCCGCAAAAGCCUGUUCGACCCCCUCAGCCUCCUGGCUCCUGGCCAAGGCAUCUUCACCAGAACACACGCUUCCACAGUAUAGUAUCAGAUAUCACCGGGACACAGUUUCAAAUAUGAAUCGAGAGGAGGGGAGAAGAAGCAUGCACUCUGUUCCAUGAUCCUCUGCUCUUUCCUUUUUCUUUCCAAUAUUAAAUAUGAAGAUGUUGUUAGAACAAUUACUUAAAAUAUUAAAUAUUUCUAAAA